AUGAAAUGGUGGGAACAGAAUUAUGCAACCAACUCUAAACACUUGCGAAAGAAAAUUUACAAAACAUCAUCACCACCAUACAAAUUAUCUAUUGACGGAACUGAAAUUAGUGACCCCAAUGAAGUUGCCAACGUGAUCAAGGACAAAUAUCAACAAAACCUCAACCUUAGAGGAAGGAAUCAUCAGAUUGACAUUAUCAAGUUUUUCAAAUACAAACAUCCAUUAAUUGAUAAUUGCAAUGACAAAAUACUCGGUAGAAUUACCACGGAAGAGAAAGAAUGGAUAAUUCAGAAUUUGAAAUCCACAGCACCCAACGAACUAGGUUUAAGACAAAAAACUAUCAAAUACAAGUGUAAGGAAUUACAGGAGGAAAUUUAUCAAAUUAUUGAAAAUAUCAUUACUACUGGAUUUACUCCUGAAUCAAUGCAAAGUGUCAGCAUUCUCCCAAUUCACAAAAAGAAUAAGGACCACUCAAACUCUGCUAACUAUAGACCUAUUGCCCUUAUGGACUCAGGACUUAAAAUAGCUACUAAAUUAAUCACCAAAAGGUUGAAGGAACUACUACUCAUCAAGACAAAGGUGGACUCGGAUUAA